AUGUCUUUAGAAGAAGCUAGACAAUUAGAUUUGAAAUUUCCAACUUAUAAGGAGGAAUUUGCCAUUCCAACUUUUAAAUCUCUUGGAAUUAAGAAUGAAAAAUAUGAACCAACAACAGAAUCAAUUUAUUUAUGUGGGAAUUCAUUAGGAUUAAUGCCGAAACAAACAAAAAAAGCAAUUAAUGAUGAAUUAAAUGCAUGGGUUGAAAGAGGAGUUGAAUCACAUUUUAAUCAUCCUGAUAAAUCAUUGACUUCUUGGGUAGAUAUCGAUUUACCUUUAUUACCUUUAAUUUCACCUAUUGUUGGAGGUAAAGAAAAUGAAGUUGCUAUAAUGGGUUCAUUAACUUCUAAUUUAAAUGCAUUGUUGAUUCAUUUUUAUAAACCAAAUGGUAAAAGAACAAAAAUCAUGUUUGAAAAAAGAGCAUUUCCUUCUGAUUAUUAUGCUUUUCUUAAUAUGGUAAAAUUAUUUGGAUAUGAUGAAGAUCAUUUAAUUCAAUUGGAACCAGAAAUUGGUGAAACUUAUAUUAAAACUGAAAAUAUAAUUAAAUCAAUUGAUGAAAAUAUCGAUGAAUUAGCAUUGGUUUGUUUCCCAGGUAUACAAUAUUACACAGGACAAUAUUUUCAAAUUGAAAAAAUUACCAAAUAUAUCAAACUGAAAAAUAAUGAUAUUAAAGUGGGGUGGGAUUUAGCACAUGCUGUAGGUAAUGUACCAUUAAAAUUACAUGAUUGGGGAGCUGAUUUUGCUGCUUGGUGUUCUUAUAAAUAUUUAAAUUCUGGCCCUGGUGCAAUUGCUGGUAUUUUUGUUAAUGAAAAAUAUACCAAAGAUAAUUCUAAAGAUAAUUUUAAUCCAAGAUUAGCUGGAUGGUGGGGGAAUAAUUCACAAGAAAGAUUUAAAAUGUUGGAAGAAUUUGAUCCAAUUAAUUCUGCUCUUUCUUAUAGACAAUCAAAUCCUUCUGUUAUUGAUGUUGUUGCAGUUAAAUCAUCAUUAGAAGUAUUUGCUAAAGUUGGUGGUGUUUCAAAACUUAGAGAAAAAAGUAUAGUAUUGACUCAGUUCUUACAAGAUAGAUUAACUAAGUCAAAAUAUUAUAUUCCUCAAGAUGAUACUGAUGACAAGAAAUUUGGAUUCAAGAUUUUAACUCCUUUGAAUAAAGAAGAAAGAGGGUGCCAAUUGUCGAUAUUAUUCCAACCUCAUUUUGAUGAUAGAUCUAGAAAUGUAAUGGAAAGGGUUAAUGCAUAUUUACAUGAUCAUGCUAUUAUUUGUGAUGAAAGACGACCAGAUGUUAUUAGAUUGGCACCAUUACCAUUGUACAAUACAUUUACUGAAACUUAUUAUGCUACAGAAAGAUUGUUUGAAAGUCUUGAUUCAAUUGUAAAAGACUAUGUUUAA